CUCUCUGAUUUGCAGAGGAGCAGAUGGAGCUACGUAAGUACUUCGCUUCUCUCUUCGCACCCGCAGAGGAUGAUGGGAAAAUGAACGGCCCUGCAGAAUCCUGUUUGAGCAUCGUAGAGAUAGAUGAGAUGGAUACGGAUGCUACAACGUAUAGAUCCUUGGGAGUCGAAGAGAAAAAUGAAAUGUUUGCAUCCAUUAAUGACCAAAGUGUAGAAGAAGAAUCUGGAUGCUUGAUUGCAACUUCCACUCCAUCUCAGAUGACCAAAGCUACAAAGCUCAACUCUUCCCUUGAGCUCUGGCCGCCAUCAAAAGAGACUGACCGAUUUCCAUCACCUUUGCCAAAAUCUGAAAGCUCUCCUUUACUCCAGGAAUCAAGUUCAGAAUCAUUUCUAAAUGUUCCAAGGGAAGACCGAAAAGUUGAAUGUUCCUCUCACGUAAUGCUGUCCACCACAUUCAGUGACUCUCCAGAACCAGAAUCAUGGACAAGAUCUUCUACAGCACAAAUGAAGAAGCCUUCACCAUCAUCUUCUUUGUCCCUGAGAAGAGAAUUGAAACCAACCAGUCCAGACCAUGAUGUUGUUCCCUCUCCUGGCAGCCUACCAUCUACUCGAAAGCAUUCGCCUUUGCUUCUCGCUAAACAAAGCCCAAAACCUCCAGAUGCUCCAAUCUCAACAUCUAGAUUGGCUUCCUUCUCUGUGAAUCGUAGACUUGAACAUUCAACAUCACAAUCUAAUCAAUCAUCAGCAUCAUUAAAAACAGCAUCACCUGACUCCAUCAAGAGUCACACUGAUGGGAACAAUACACCCCCAGCUUCAAAAUGGUUAAAGAGUGCACGGAGGUCACCUAAAACUACAACACUUUCCUUACACCUCAACAUUUCAGAUUCAGAGGAAGAAAUGACAGGGGAUGAUGUUUGCCUGGUGCCCAGUGAGGAAGACUCCUCGGAUGAAGAACUGAGAUGUAUCAAUGAUUCAGAAGUGAUGAAGAACAUUGCUUCCUCACCCCGUCCUGCCGCGACCUCUUCCUCAGAUGCUCUCUUGUCUUUCCGGUGUCUCUCAGAGCCGGAGUCGGGCCUGUUAACAGAAUCUUCCCAGGCCCUUAUUUCGUUAGCCCAGCGACAGGACGUCCAGCCUGGACAGGACCAAGGCCUGGAGGGGUUCUUCACAUUGGGACUGAAAAGUGGGGAUCUACAGCCCAGCCCAAUUCCAGCUCAGACCUCGAGAGAAAGACGAAGCAGCACAGAUUGUUCUCUGGCUGGAGUCCAGGAUCUUUGGAGACCCAGCAGCAGUCUUCGGCAUAACGCAGAUGAAGGGCUGGUCAAUGUGCUGGUCAACAGUCGACCAAUCAGAAGCCCCCUUCGUUCAGUCACACCGCGUCGUGACGCAUCAUCACAGAGCCGGAGUUUCUCAAGUCAUCAAGAUGUUCUCAGCAGAUGUUCCCCGAGCUCCUCUCAAAUCCAGAGCAUCGGCACUCGUCGUGUCAGCUCAUCUUGUCGUCCUCUGUCCCGUGCAGCCCAGGAGAUCAUGGAGGUCCAGAGCGUAGAGCGGCCUGAUCUCCAGAACUCAGAUGAAGAAGAGCAGGAUUGUCUGGCUUUGGCCUGCCUGGAGGAAGAGUUCAGGAAUAUGAGCUGUACACCAUGUGAUCAGGAUGAAAUGGCUUAGAUUGAUGUAGAGCUUGAAUAUGUGUGUAAAAAAAUUAAAUCCAUUUCAUAAAAGUAAUAAAAUGUUUUGUGUUAUUAUUGUCUUGUUGUGCA